CUGGUACUGACGAUGUGAAACUGCAGACGGUUAAUAUCAACACAAAUGACGUGGACUUACUCGACACAAUUGGAUAUCAAGACAGCGUCAAGGGUGGCGAGCCGCUGAAUCCAAUGGCCAGACUGCAUAAAGUGUUCAAGGAUGGAUUGGAAGAUGAACAUCUUCAUAUUGUUAUGGUGUAUUAUUGAAAGUGUAACAAAUGUAUCGAUGUAACUAAGCUUUGUCUCGACUCUCAACCCAUCACUAGCAUGUCACCACGGACAUCUCUAGCUCACAUUUCUGCGUACAAACGUUUUAUCCACACGUCUAGGCCAUCGUUCAACUUUAUCGGGCUUCCAGAUCCAACUUCCAACCUCCGUCCUAUCAUAUACACCACUGCCACCUCUUCGUCCUCCCCUUCUGAGUCUAAACAGCACCCAUACUCCCUCAGAGAAUUCUCAGACGAUACAGUAGACCACGAACUACAGUGGAAACUUCAUCGAGAACAGCUCGACGGGUUCAACCACGCAUACUGGGCAGAAAGUAACACCCGCUUCGAAGCUGCCAAAUCCUCAGUCCUCGCUGCCCUCCCACCCCAUGCACCUACAGAAGCACACGAGCACGCCUUGUCUGACUUUUACAAGAAGUGGGUGGUCCAGGAAUGGGCGCGCCAGGACGAGUAUGCCGCGGAGCUCAGGAAACGGACACUCGAGGAUCUCUCGCUCUCUGCUAAAGUUGAGUUUCAGAGGGUAAAAAAGAGGUUGGCAAGCUGGAGGUUUCUAUAAUUUAUAUAGAUUUUGCAACUGCAGGAUUCGUACGACACUACUCUAUCCCUCUCUUGCGUACCCCAGAUCCAGCAUCACCAGCUCCCUAACACGAUGAUACACGUCUUCCAGUCUCAGUCCUUCGACUCCUGAGCUCUCGGCUCUGUAAUCUCUCGCCAAGUCACCC